AUGGCGAGGAGUUUGCGUCUACUGAAACGGACAUUUAAUAAGUUUAAUGAAUCCUGUGUUAGAUAUAAUAGUGUGUGGACAAGUGAUGGAAUAAUAAAUUCGCCAUAUGAAAAAAUAAAGGACAUACCAAAUAUUACAGUUUACGAAUAUAUAUGGCAAAAUUUGGAUAAAUGGCCCGAACGGACGGCUUCGAUAUGUUCAGCCACUGGACGUGGGUACACCUAUGAACAAGCAUUCAAAUUAUCAAAUACGUUCGCUGCUAAUCUCAGGAGAAAAUUAAACAUUCGUGAUGGCGACACAGUUGCGGUUAUCCUGCCGAAUGUCCCCGAUUUUCCACUGGUUGCUUUGGGUAUUUUGGAAGCUGGCGGAGUUAUUACAACCGUCAAUCCUAUUUACACUGCACAUGAAAUCCAACGUCAACUUCUGAUGUCUGAUGCAAAAGUUGUUGUGACACUCCCAGAUAGAGUUGGUGUAGUUCGAGAUGCUUUAAAAAUAGCCAAACUUAAUUUACCAAUAAUAGUUGUGAAAACAAACGGAGAAUCCACAACUGAUGGAACAAUAGCAUUUAAUGAACUAAGCGAAGAUGUUCACGUUGACAAAUCGUGUCUAAAAGAAGUAAAACGAAAUAUAAAUGAUAUUUGCUUUCUUCCUUAUUCAAGUGGUACCACUGGGCUGCCAAAAGGAGUUGAACUGACGCAUAAAAACAUUAUUGCUAAUUGUGAACAGAUUAAUGAACCAGAGAUAAUGUGUCACAAUGAAACUACAGCAAAACACCAAGAUUCGGUUUUAGCGGUUCUGCCAUACUUCCAUAUUUAUUCAGCAUCGGUGCUGAUGUUCCACAAGAUGUCGCAGGGAAUCAAGUUGGUUGCGGUUCCGAAGUUUCAGCCAGAGGCAUUUCUACACGCUCUUGAAAAGUUCAAAGUUAAUGUCCUGUUCUGUGCUCCUCCAAUAGUGUUUCUGAUGGCGUCACACCCGGCGGCGAAUUCAAAGACAUACCAAUAUUUAGACAUAGUACUUAAUGGUGCAGCUCCCAUGGCAGCGUCUGAUGCUGAUCGGUUUCUUGCUAAAGUGGAGCGGAACAUCCGUUUUGGACAAGGAUACGGCCUUACGGAGACUUCACCGGUUGUGUGUGUAGGUGCAAAGGGGUGUAGAGACUAUAGUGUUGUUGGCAAUGCUGUACCUAGUACGGAACUUAAAAUUGUCGACCAAGACUUGAAAGCUUUGGGACCUAAUCAGCUCGGUGAACUUUUGAUACGAGGUCCUCAAGUCAUGAGAGGAUACAGGAAUAAUCCUGAAGCGACCGCUGCAACAUUCAGCGAUGAUUGGUUUAGAAGUGGUGACGUCGCUGUUGCCGAUGAGAAUGGAGUCAUCAAAAUUGUUGAUAGAUUUAAGGAGCUUAUUAAGGUGAAAGGAUUCCAAGUACCUCCAGCUGAGCUAGAGGCAGUUCUUCGCGACCAUCCUUCAGUGAAAGAUGCGGCUGUCAUUGGAGUUCCACAUUCCAGCAAAGGAGAAGCACCGAAGGCCUUCAUAGUACUUAAAAAUGACGCCAAAGCUAACGUUAAAGACAUCACCAGUUUUGUCAACGAGAGAGUAGCUUCAUAUAAACAAGUGAAUGACGUAGUGUUUAUAGAUUCUAUACCGAAAACAGCAUCAGGAAAGAUACUCAGGAAGGAAUUGAAGGAGAUGAAUUGA